GUUGUCUCGUGUUUUUCCUGUUCCGGGAACUUACUUGGGAGGGGAAAUAGCACAACUAUUCAUAAGGAAAGUCAGUUAUUCAUGUAAAUAAAUUAGGUGGCUGCGGGGGACUUAUUUUGGAUAGCUCAUUCGAGCUGUUGCGUAGCCGAGAAGAAGAUGACCCCAACACAGUGGGACCUACCUCCGGAGUUAUGCUGCCGGCCAAUGGCCUUUGUGGCUCUAACGGGACUGGACGUGGUCUACAACGCCGUUCACAGGGCUAUCUGGGAUGCCUUCUGUGCCAACAGGAGGGCUGACAGGGUGCCCAUUUCCUUCAAAGUCCUUCCUGGGGACCAUGAGUACCCGAAAUGUAGGACCAAGAGAACCUCUUAUGAGUGGUACAUCCCCAAAGGCAUCCUGAAGACCAGCUGGAUGAACAAGCAUUUGAACCUGGUCCCAGCGCUGGUAGUGCUGUUUUAUGAGUUGGAUUGGGAUGAGGUUCAGUGGAAGGAAAAGCAGCUGGAGUGUGCUACCAAGGUGGAAAUUGUCAGGACAAGUCUGCAAGGACGGAACACUAAGGUCGCAGUGGUGUUAAUUCAAAAGAAAACUCCUCUUCCCCCUGGAGAAGACGUCAUGGCCUCAGAGCGGGCAAGUGCUCUCUGUAACGCUUGUGACCUUUCGGGCAAGUUUCUCUUCGUCCUCCCCCACACUGAUCACCUCGUGGGCUACAUCAUCAGGCUGGAGAACGCCUUCUAUGAGCACGCUCAGACUUACUACCACACUGAGAUACGGAGGGUGAAAUCUCAUAAGGAGUUCCUCAACAAAACCACCCAUCAGUUGCUGUUUGUGCGACACCAGUUUAAGAUUGCUUUCUUUAGUGAGCUGAAGCAGGACACGCAAAACGCACUGAAGCACUACAAGACGGCUUACAGCCUUGUGCACGAGCUGCGAGCCCAUGAGACCAACAUCCUGGAGAUCAAGACAUUGGCUGGAUUCAUCAACUACAAGAUCUGCCGGCUUUGCUUCCAGCACAACACACCCUUGGAUGCCAUCGCACAGUUUAGGAAGCACAUCGACCUGUGCAAGAAGAAGAUCGGCAGCGCUGAGUUAGCGUUCGAGCACGCGGCCUGGAUGUCCAAGCAGUUCCAGUCCUUCGGCGACCUCUUCGACGAGGCUAUCAAGCUGGGCCUGACUGCCAUCCAGACCCAGAACCCGGGCUUCUACUACCAGCAGGCGGCGCACUACGCCCAGGAGCGCAAGCGGCAGGCGGUGCAGCUCUGUGGCAGCCCGGAGCUGAGUACGGGGUGCCCGCCCCCAGACCCCCUGGACACCCCCACUGCCGUCCUCGACUUCUAUGGACAGCGGGCCUGGAGGCAGGGACACCAGAGUAUUGACCCUCCUGAUCCAGAGAAGGAGAAGAGAGGCAUUCUGGGUCUUCAGGGAAAAGAGAAAGAGGUGCCUCAUUCGGAGCUCAUCAUCGCCCUGCUCAGCAAUGCCGUGGCUCAGUUCAAGAAGUACAAGUGUCCACGCAUGAAGGGCCACCUGAUGGUGCAGAUGGGUGAGGAGUACUACCACACCAAGGACUACGCCAAGGCCCUGAAGCUGCUGGACUAUGUGAUGUGUGACUACCGGACAGAGCGGUGGUGGAACCUACUGACCUCCAUCCUCAGCACCGCCCUCCGCUGCUCCUACCUCAUGGCCCAGGUGAAGGACUACGUGGCGUACGGCAUGGAGCUGGUGGGCAGAGCUUCUUCUCUGCCUGAGGACCAGAAAUCAAGGAUUGAGAAGAACCUGUUCAAGGUUUUGAUGAAAGAGGUGCCAGAGGCGGAGCCGGACUGUGACCCUGCUGCGGUCCGAGCGGCUCACGCACUGUGGAGCGAGCGGGCCGCCCAGGCUGCUGAAGAUGAAGUCAUGGUGGAGGCGCAGGACUGCGUGCCCUUUGUGCAGUGCAAGGCCAGGUUUCUCCAUCCCAGCUUCCACCUGGACGUCCCCGUGCAGUUGCACGUCUUCCUGCGGGCCGAUUGCCCCCACCCCGUCCACUUCUCCAAGCUGUGCGUCAGCCUCAGUAACCAGGAGUACAACCAGUACUGCUGUGUGUCUGAGGGCUCCGCUGAGUCGCAGGGUCUGUGUCUGCUGCCUGGACAGACACACACGUUUGCCUUCAGGUUCGUGGCCCGCACUGAGGAUGUGGGCAAGAAGAUAGAGAUCACAGGCGUGGAUCUCAUCCUGGGUCGGGAGAGCGAGCGCUGCGUCUUCCUAAACUGGCGGAGUGGAGGGGGCGACACGGCCUCAGCCCACGAGGCACUGCAGGCCUCCCGGUCCUUCAAGCGAAGGGACCGUCUGCCGGAGCAGCAGGUGGACUGGGACACAGUGACUGUCCAGGCCAGCACCAUGAUCAUCUCCCGGGUGCCCAGGAUCUCCGUGCAGCUCCUGCACUCGCCGCCAGCCCUGAGCAACGAGAUGUACUGCAUGACCAUCACCAUCCAGUCCCUGGAGGACACGGUGGCCCAAGACGUCAAGCUCACAGCCGGACUCAAACCAGGUCAGGAUGCCAACCUCACCCAGACGACCCACGUCACCCUGGAUGGCUCCGAGGCCUGUGACGACUCCCAUCCCGCCCUACUUCCUGAUAUCGACAUCGGCGACCUGCAGCCACAGGAAAAGGUGGAGAAGCCACUGUACAUCCGCUGUUCGACCACAGGAUCCAGAAUCUUCCUAGUCCACGUCGCCUAUACCAUGAACGCCUGUAUAGAGGGCAAAGACAUUGUCUGCAAGUGUCACAAAGAUGAAACCGUUACCAUGGAAACCGUCGUUCCGUUCGACGUGGCCGUGAAGUUUGUGUCCACGAAGUUUGAGCACCUGGACCGUGUGUUCGUGGACGUGCCCUUCCUGCUUAUGACCGACAUCCUCAGCAGCUCUCCCUGGCCCUUGCACCUGCUGAGCAGCCGGCUGCAGCUGGCCCCCUCCAUGGCUGCCGUGGACCAGCCCCAGUGCCAGGUGGAGCACGUGGUCCUCCAGACGGGCGAGUCGGCCAGCGAGUGCUUCUGUUUGACGUGCCCACCGACACCCCACGGCGGCAGCACUGCGGCGUCUGGACAGUACAUCAUAUCUUGGAGAAGGGAUUCUGAGAACGUCCCGGUUGUCAGCUCGGUGAUCCCCCUGCCGCACGUUGCACUGGAGACCAUCCCUCUGUACAUUCAUGCUGAUCUGCCGUCGUUUGGACGCGUGCGGGAGUCUCUUCCGGUCCGGUACCACAUCCAGAACCGCACGGGGCUUGUACAGGAGGUGGAGAUGUCUGUGGAACCCAGUGACGCCUUCAUGUUCUCCGGCCUCAAGCAGGUGCGCUUCCGAAUCCUCCCAGGGGAGGAGCAGCAGAUGCUGUAUAACUUCUACCCGCUGACGGCAGGCUACCAGAGCCUGCCGCUGCUGAGCAUCGAGCUGCUGCGUCUCCCCAGGCUCAGCACCCAGCUCCUGCAGCGCUUUCUGCCUUCGCGUAUCUUCGUCAAGCCGCAGGGACGACUUGGCGACGACGCCUCCAUCGCAGCUGCUUAGAGAACAGAACACGUUAGCUGCCCCCAAGUUGGGUGGCAUCCCCAUGGUAACCAGGGAUUUGCAGUCUGUGUUACUCGCUGCUGAACUCGAGGCUCCUUUAUUACUGUGGAUUCUGGGCAGUGUGACGCACAAGUGACUGUGCACUUGUGUCUAAGAGAUACAUUAAAGCAUUAUUCUUGGGACAAUUUUGUAACUGACUCCUUGGCUCUGCUAGAGUAUUCAAAAAUCACAUGCAUGCUUUUUGAGUAACCUUUAAACAAAACGGCUGAAGAAAUGUUUUUAUAAAUGUAAUAACGUAUAAAAUAGCUACUUGCAGAUCCACUCUGAAGUGUGUAUGUAUGUGAAAUAUGUCAAAUAAAUAGAGGUAUACAGCUGAA